CCCUACUGAACUUGAACUUGAAAAAGUGUCACCUAACGUUCUACGCGGCAACUCGAUUUUUUGGCAUUGUAGCCGGUCCGCGGGCGUCACGGUAACACGUUAACAGACCCGCUCCAAAGCCACAUCAUGUAUCCUCGAACUUAUCAGAAUCCUUGACUCGCACUAGCUCCUCAUUUGGCAUAAAGCUUCUUUUACACUAAUGGACAGUCGUCUAGAGGAGCUCAUAUACUCUACAGAAUCCCUCGCUAUUCUUCCGGAUAAAAAGCGGGUCAAAUGCUUGUACACCAUGCACGAAAUGCCAUAUAACUUUGAAAUCAUUUCUCAGUAUCUCACCUGUAACAAAUAUAGGCGCGCACAGGCUAACCGACUGAUUGAAGAUCACAGCGAAUACAUUGUGGAUGCUGGCGGGUUUGUGUCACAUUUUCGACAGAUUUAUCGAAUCUCUUUUGGCAGGAAUCGUUUGUUUUGUAAGUUGACUUGGCGAUAUAUCAACAGGGAUCCUGAUCAGUUGCUCCUACACUUUAAGGGCCGUCGAUUUCAACAGGCAUUGCUGAGAUACAAUAAGUGCAAGGAAUCAGGGGAGGAAUAUGUCCCGGUUUCAGGAAAGUUCAAGUGUGCUUCUUAUUUCAAGGAGAGCUGUACAUACCGUGAAUCGGAUUGCCCGGAUGAGGCGACAUCUGGCGCUGCAUCCACGCGGCAUAACGCAGAUGGCCCACCCCCGAAGAAAGUCAAACGGAAAUGAACACACCUCUUCCUUUACAUUGUACAGUUUGCUAAAGCCCCAUUCGCCUUGUGAUCCUUCUUUUCGAUCACUAUGUUACUUUAAAAAUAAAACUGUUGGAGGGUCCAA